UUGUAUGUAACAAAGUGAAAACUGUACUUGCAAUGUUCUAAACAAUAAUAUUUUUAAAGCGUAACAUGACAUCAUCACGUUACGUGUCGCCUCGGACGAGUCGGCGCGAUCCGCGAGGCCAUGAGAUGCAGCGUACCACGAAGCCGAAGUUCGAGUUCCCACUCCCAGUUUUGUAACAGCUCUGUGGCUGUACUCACGCGUCUAAGUGGUGUAUCUAACUGUGAAAAAUAUUUCAAAACAUGGCUAACUUCUUGGAUGUAGCCACGGAGGACAACCUUCAAUAUCAGUUCUUCCCUGUAUCAAAUGGAUCUGUAACAUUCAAAGUACGAGCACCAAAUGAUGCCCAUAUUGCUCUUACUGUUGGCCCCCAGGAGGCCGAACCUAUUUAUGAGGUUUUCAUUGGAGGAUGGGGGAACUCAAAGAGUGUAAUAAGAAGGAACAGAACCAAACCCGAUAAAGUCGAAGUUGACACACCCGGAAUUUUGAAUGGGGGAGAAUUCCGUGGCUUUUGGGUUCGCUGGGAUGGUGGCGUUAUCUCAGCAGGCCGAGAAGGAGAAGUGGUUCCAUUUCUAUCUUGGACAGAUCCUGAACCUUUCCCUGUUGGAUUUGUAGGUGUUUGCACCGGCUGGGGUGCGUCUGGUACAUGGAAAAUCGAAGAGGGAGCCGAGUUCGAUACUCCAGACAAACUUGAGUACAAAUUUGGACCUGUUGCUACUGGAUUAUUGGAACUUGAAUAUCGUGGUCCACACAACUGCCAUAUUUGUUUGACCAGCGCUGCCGCAGAAGUUGACCCUAUAUAUGAAAUAAUCCUCGGUGGCUGGGAAAACAGCCAGUCUGUUAUUAGAUACAACAGACAGAGGCCUGACAAGGUAACGCUCCCGACACCCGGAAUUAUGAAUCCCAAUGAAUUUAGGAAAUUCCUAAUUGAAUGGAAAUGCGGUCGUCUCAUUGUACGCGACGGUUCCAGUGGUGCACUACUUAUGGAGUGGGUGGACACUGCUCCAUUCCCCAUAACACACUUCGGCAUCCGUACUGGGUACGGCGCCCGCGGACAGUGGCGUAUAGCUCAUUUUGGCCCCGGCGCACAAAAUCUUCAACCUUCGGCACCACAAGCUGCAGCUCUCUACAGCACUCCCCCUGGAUAUCCAGGCGGCCCGGGACCAAUCGGAGGUGCUGGUGCGUGGGCCGAAGCAUCGGGAGGUCAAGUACCACCUGAAGCUGUCCUAGGGGGCCAGGACGCAAAUGGAGAACCCCUCUACGUCGCUAGAGCCCAACACGAAGGCGCUAUUUUGCCAGGAAAACUAGUAGCAUCACACGGAUGCGCGUAUGUCCCAUGGGGAGGACAAGAACUCGGCAAGCCUACUUAUGAGGUUUUAAUCGGUGGUCCCAACAACUGGGUGCCCACAAAUGGCUCCAACAUACCACCUGGUGCAUUCCCAGGUGGACAAAGCGAAGAUGGCGAAACUCUAUUCGUCGGCCGUGUACGUCACGAAGGCAGCGUCACAACCGGAAAAGUGCAGCAGUCCCAUGGAGUCUGUUACAUCUCUUUCGGAGGACAAGAACUCGGCUUCCCUGAUUAUGAAAUUCUUAUGGCCUAAGCAUAUAAAACAUGACAUUAUAAUUUUGAUAUUAGGUCUCCAAUCUAUUGUUAAUCAUUAUGGACGGAGACUGCUUAUUGUGUAGAGUCGUUCGUAUAAAUUGCAAUGUGGAUAAUAAAAUAUUGCUACACAUUAGGGUUAACCAACAAAAUAAAUAUUUACCUAUAAGGACGUCACGCUGUGCCUACGAUAAUUAGUAGGUGCCAUGCGAUUAUUACGCACCAUGCAAUUAUUUUUAUUGUUUCGUGUAUUUAUAAAGAAUUGUUAAUUUAAAGUACGUUUAUUAAAUUAUUUUAAUAGUA